AUGCAGGAUAUUCAGCUCAUAAGAUUUUUGAAUGUAUUAAAGCAACUCCACAUCAACAUACCACUGGUUGAAGCUUUGGAGAAAAUGCUCAAUUUUGAGAAAUUUAUGAAAGAUAUAUCAUCAAAAAAGCGCAGAUUGGGAGAAUUUGAGACUGUAGCUCCCACUGAAGGGUGCACAACUAUGUUGACGGAUAAAUUACCUCUGAAGUUGAAGGACGAAGCUAGGAGUUGGAAAAGCAAGACCUACUACGAUUACGUUGCAACUGAAUGUAAAGCUGACCAAGAUGUGCCAAUUAUUCUUGGAAGACCUUUUCUUGCUACUGGCAAGACUUUAAUUGAUGUACAAAAUGGUGAGUUGACCAUGAGGGUAAAUGAUCAACAAGUUACCUUCACUAUAUUUAAUUCUUUGAAAUGUGCUGAUGUUAAUGAUGAAUGCCACGCCAUUGGGUUGAUAGAAACAGCGUUGGAGGAGUUCACUAGAUUUAGCCACAAAAAUUCCGAUAGUGACGAAGACUCACUUGAGUAA